CAUCAGCACGGACAGGCAUUUUUCCGUCACCCGCGAUUGCAGUAGGCAGGCUGUCGACAUCGUCUUCUCUUCACAUAUAAAAGCACCAGGCGGGAAGUGUAAGAGGGCCAGAGCGGCAUCCUUCUCUCUCAUAUUUUCCAUGUCUCCUCUCACGGCGGAAGAAGAAUUCCAACAAGCAAUAGAGGCACGGGAAGAAGACGAUGAGCAUGGCUGCAAAGAGAGAGUCCUUCUCAAAUACUUCCUCCUGGAAUGGGAAAUCGUCAAAUCUCUCCUCGACGGCAUCAUCUCCAGUGGCCGAGUUACUGAUCUAUCCACCGUAGGCAAGAUUCGAUCCAUCAUUGAUAAGUAUCAACAGCAGGGUGAACUGCUCGAGCCUUACCUGGAGAGCAUUGUUUCUCCUCUAAUGCAUAUAGUCCGCUCAAAAACAAUUGAAGUGGGGGUUGCCUCUGAUGACAUUCUUGAGAUUAUCAAGCCGCUAUGCAUUAUUAUUUAUUCCCUCGUUACAGUUUGUGGAUACAAGAUGGUUAUUAAAUUCUUCCCGCAUCAGGUUUCCGAUUUAGAACUUGCGGUCUCUCUUUUGGAGAAGUGCCAUCAUGAAACAGCAAUGUCGUCAUUGCGGCAGGAAAGCACUGGGGAGAUGGAGACCAAAUGUGUCAUACUUCUUUGGCUUUUCAUACUAGUUUUGAUUCCAUUUGACAUCUCAUCCGUGGAUACUAGUAUUGCAUAUGGUGAAUAUGUUGGAGGACUUGAGCCCUCCCCUUUGGUAUUAAAGAUUGUUGGGUUUUCCAAGGAUUACCUUUCAAAUGCUGGCCCCAUGCGUAGAAUAGCUGGAUUGCUGCUUUCAAGGCUUCUAACACGACCGGACAUGCCAAAGGCUUUUAGCAGCUUCAUGGAAUGGACACACGAAGUUCUAUCUUCUGUCACAGAAGAUGUUGCAGAUCACUUUCGACUUCUUGGAGUUUUGGAAGCCUUGGCGGCUAUUUUCAAGGUUGGUAGCCGAAAGGUUUUACUGGAUGUGGUUCCUAUUGCUUGGAAUGACACCUCCUCCUUGAUCAAAUCCACUGCUGCAGGUAGGAGUUCUCUGCUUCGCAAAUUUCUGGUCAAAUUAACUCAGCGCGUUGGGCUUGCAUGCCUACCUCACCGUUCCUCUUCAUGGCACUAUGUGAUUAGCCAAGGAAGAAACAGCUUACUGCCAGAGAAUGUUUCCUCAAAUAUAGCUACCAAAAAUGAUUCCUGUGAUCAUGGUCAAGAGGGAGAUUUAAGUGCUCAUACACAAACUCCUAGAUGCCCAGACGAAGAAGAUGGAGACAUGGAUGUACCUGAAAUCAUAGAGGAGAUAAUAGAGCUGCUAUUGUCUGGGUUGAGAGAUACGGACACGGUUGUCCGAUGGUCUUCAGCAAAAGGCAUUGGACGCACAACAGCACGUCUAACAGCUGCCCUUUCAGAUGAAGUCCUGUCUUCUAUGUUGGAGCUCUUUUCACCAGGCGAGGGAGAUGGUUCAUGGCAUGGAGGCUGCUUGGCAUUGGCUGAGCUGGCUCGCAGAGGCUUGCUGCUACCUACUAGUCUUCCUAAAGUAGUUCCUGUUAUUAUAAAGGCACUACAUUACGAUAUAAGAAGAGGUCCACACAGUGUCGGAUCUCAUGUGCGUGAUGCUGCUGCAUAUGUUUGCUGGGCAUUUGGUCGCGCAUACUCUCAUGCAGAUAUGAAAAGCAUAUUGGAACAGCUUGCUCCCCACCUUUUAACAGUUGCAUGUUAUGACCGUGAGGUUAAUUGUAGAAGAGCAGCUGCAGCUGCAUUUCAAGAGAAUGUUGGGAGGCAGGGGAGUUUCCCGCAUGGCAUUGAUAUAGUGAAUACAGCCGAUUAUUUCUCUCUCGCCUCACGAGUAAACUCUUAUCUCACUGUCGCUGUGUGUAUUGCACAGUAUGAAGGGUACCUCUAUCCUUUUGUGGAAGAAUUGCUAUUGAACAAAAUUUGUCACUGGGAUAAAGGUCUGAGAGAACUGGCUGCACAAGGUCUUUCUUCUCUUGCAAAAUAUGAUCUUGGAUAUUUUGCUGAUGUUGUGCUCAAGAGACUAAUUCCCUAUACUCUCUCAACUGAUUUGUGUAUGCGUCACGGAGCAACCUUAGCUGCUGGGGAACUUGUUUUGGCUUUACAUCAGUCUGGUUUUAUGCUUUCAACUGACCAGCAAAAGUCUGUUGCGGGCAUAAUUCCUGCUAUUGAAAAAGCACGCCUAUAUCGUGGGAAGGGUGGAGAAAUUAUGCGCUCUUCUGUGUCACGGCUUAUUGAGUGUAUGUCUGUCGCUCGUGUAUUCUUACCAGAGAAGAUAAAACGAACUUUGCUUGAUACCGUUAGUGAGAAUUUGAAGCAUCCUAAUGCUCAGAUACAGGUUUCUGCUGUUGAAGCAAUAAAGCACUUUGUUCCAGCAUACCUUGCUCACAUGGGUGAUGGAACUGCCAAUAAUAUAACAAAGUACUUGGAACUCUUGGGUGAUCCUAAUGUGGCUGCACGACGGGGAUCAGCAUUGGCCAUAGGUGUUUUUCCAUUUGAAUUUUUGGCUACAAGAUGGAGGGAUGUGAUAACGAAACUCUGUAGCUCUUGUAUGAUUGAGGAAAACCCCGAUGAUCGAGAUGCUGAGGCACGUGUAAAUGCUAUCCGAGGACUUGUAUCAGUGUGUGAGACAUUAACCAAGGAAAGAAGUUCUUUCCAAAAUAUGGAGGAAGACUUAUCUCUGCAUCUGCUGAUCAAGGAUGAAGUGAUGCCAACUUUGUUUAAAGCUCUUGAUGACUAUUCUGUAGACAAUAGAGGUGAUGUGGGCUCUUGGGUCCGUGAGGCUGCCAUGAAUGGCCUUGAAAGAUGCACAUAUAUUCUCUGUGAGAGACAAUCUGUUGGCUUCACAAGCAAUAAACCUGAAGUUGAACAUUUGCCUAAGUUGCCUGAUAGUGAUGUGGUUGCAACAGAGCAGACAUACUCAUUGUUUAAUGAAAGUCUUGCAACGAAUUUAGUUUGUGGAAUUGUCAAACAGGCUGUUGAGAAAAUUGAUAAAAUAAGAGACAUUGCUGGGAAGAUCAUGCAAAGAAUUCUAUACAAUCCCAGGAUCUUUAUUCCAUCCAUACUUCAUAGGAAAGCACUGGAAAAAAUUGUUCCCAAUGAUGCAGACUUAAAGUGGGGAGUACCCAGCAUUUCCUAUCCACGAUUUGUGCUUCUACUUCAGUUUGGCUAUUAUAGUAAAUCGGUGCUUUCUGGGUUAGUUAUCUCUAUUGGUGGGCUGCAAGAUUCCUUGCGAAAGGCAUCAGUAGCAGCUUUAUUAGAUUAUCUUCAAGUCUCAGAAAAUGAAAUGGGUGAGAAAAGACGUGCCAGAGAGCAUAUGCUGAGUGCUGAUCUCCUUUGGGUGCUUGACAACUAUGAGAAAUGUGACAGAGUCGUUAUACCCACUUUGAAGACCAUUGAUAUUCUCUUCAACAAAAAGAUCUUCUUGAACAUGGAGGCCCAUACUCAGGAUUUCGCUGCUGGUAUUUUGGAUUCCCUGGCUGUUGAGUUGAAGGGAUCCAAGGAUUUCUCCAAGUUAUAUACAGGCAUAUCAAUUCUUGGAUACCUUGCUUCUGUUCCGGAACCUAUCAACUCUCAGGCCUUCUCUCGCCUACUAUUUUUCUUAGGCCAUCGAUACCCAAAGAUACGGAAGGCUGCUGCCGACCAGGUUUACCUCGUCCUCCUCCAAAACGGCAGCCUUGUGGCGGAGGACAAAAUGGACAAGGCACUUGAAGUUAUCUCAGAAACUUGCUGGGAAGGUGAUUUGGAAGAAGCAAAGCAUCGAAGACUGGAGUUAUAUGAGACGGUGGGAGUGGAAGUCGGUUCUCUUCUCAAGGGUAGGAUCAGAAAAUCAGACAAGGAUAGGGAUAAGAGAGCUAAAGCUGAUGAAAACGAGUCCUAUUCCUCGUUAGUUGAUUCCACUGGUUUCUGACCAAUCUGGAGGAAAAUGCCUUGCUUUUCCCAUCGCAAUUUUUGUCUUUGGAUUGGUGUUUCUGAACCCUUGCGGGUUCUUGCUGGAGUCAUUGUUUUUUUUUUCUUUAAACUUUCUGCUGCAGUGCCAUUACAAGCUCUGAAAUUCCACCACUCCAGUUGGAUAGGUUGUUUUUAUUUCUGUUGUUGGGCAUAUAUGUUGUAAUUCCACCACUCUCGGUCGGAUAGGUUGUUUUGAUUUUUGUUGUUGAGCAUAUAUGUAUUCAGUGUUGCAUGGAGCUAUCAAUGGGCUAGCGCCAAGCAGAAUGAAAAUUUCAAAGGCCGAAUCCUACCUCAA